AUGAAAUCGGGCGCUAAGAUUUGGAGUGACGAAGUAGAUGAUCUCGAUCGGACGAGAUGCCGGAUUGCUCAGCUGGAUCCAUCAUCGGCAUCCCACAUCGUUCCGUAUUACACAAAGCUCUCUCGUGUUAUGAACCUCGACGAGCUCCUCAACGGCUCUGACGGCGAAGAGGCAUACGACGGUCCCGACGCAUACAUCGACGAGGACGACGCAGAGGAAAUGGAGCUGGACGCCGAGGACGUCGCUGAGGAGCAGCAACAAGGCGGCUCGACCGUUGGACAGAUUCUGAAUGGCGGGACGCAACAAAAUGCGCGGCUUGCCAAUCUUACCUUAGACGACCUCCGGCGGCUCCUCGGCCAGAUGAAUGGCCCAGUGACCGUUGAAGCCACAGAUGAGGAAGAGGAGGACGAUGACGGUGAUGAUGAGUAUUACUUUGGCUACAACACAGAACCGCACUGGGACCGCUCCAAAGUCUUCCCCGAAGUCAAGGAACCCAAGGAGAAGGGACUUGAACUGCUCACGAGUGGAGAGUUUGGGCGACUCGAGCACCAGUUGAAGUCCCGUAUAAGAGAUAACAAUACAGCGAGUAUCCUACUUAAUAGAGGAGCACGGCAACGUCCCACUCAUAAGGAGGAUCUAACCAGUGACUUACUCCCCAAUUCAAAUGGCACAGCAGUUGCCGAGUAUCAUGCUAAUGCCUAUGUAGGGCAAUAUUCGUCAGAUUCGUCGUUCUAUUACACAUGUGCCCGAGACUUUCGCUUGCACGUAUAUGAUACCACUGCACCCCUCGUGCCUUAUGGGCCCCUUCGUUCACGGAUAGAGGACGAGCAGCGAUACGGACAUGCAACAACCAUGAAAGUUAUGAAGACGAUCAACGCACAUCCAGGCCGUUGGACAAUCACAGACUCCCAUUUGAGUCCGGACAACCAAAGAAUGAUAUAUGCGUCCAUCCUCACCGUGACGCAGUCAAACACGGUCUACAUGACGACAACGCUGGAUUCCUCGCCGGUACAAAUCCCUAUCCGAUUCGCGGACCGCGUACGCAAUCGGAGAAACAAUAUCUGGGACUACGACGACGAAGAUCACUUCGGUAUAUGGAGCUGCAAGUUCUCUGCUGAUGGCAAUGAGGUCAUUGCUGGGGGCAGCGGAAUGAUCUUCGUGUAUGAUCUGUUGGCGGACAAGCGGACAGUCAAGAUUAUGGCACACAACGACGAUGUCAACAGCUGUUGCUGGGCAGAUACUGCGUCGGGUAACGUGCUGGUCAGUGCUUCGGACGACACUUUCAUCAAAGUUUGGGAUCGUCGAUCGCUUGGAAUGUCCCCUAAGCCUUCAGGUGUACUCAUAGGUCACACAGAGGGUAUCACCUACGUGUCAGCGAAGGGUGAUGGCCGUUACAUAAUUUCCAACGGCAAAGACCAGGUCCUACGAUUAUGGGACCUCCGCAUGAUGCGCACCAAUGCCGAAUUUGAGCACACAAGGGACUGCAGUGUUAUGCAGUAUACUGGACAUGAAGUCCUACGCACGCUGAUCCGAUGUCACUUCAGUCCUGCGGAGACAACAGGACAACAGUACAUCUAUUCCGGGGCCUCCGACGGGCGAAUCCACAUAUGGUCGCUCGACGGACGGAUCGUGCAAAUUCUCGAUCGCUCACAAACGUUGCCAAUAUCGUUCGACCCGUCUGCACCGGACCCACCUUCUCUUGACGGCGUACGGCGCUCGCGAAUAUGUGUACGCGAUGUCAGCUGGCAUUCCGAUCAACCGAUUCUCAUGAGCGCCGGAUGGGUCGGCGGGCGUUGGAGUGCGCGAGAAGGAAGCGUCAUCGCCCGACACGAGUGGAAAGGCCUGUCGAAGAUGCAGUAUUCGCUCCGGGAUUAUCAGGAGAGGCGGAGGCAGGAGAACGCAGAGCGUGCGGCGCCCGGAGCGAGAGAUAGACGGGCAAUGCCCGGGGCUUUCGCCAACACGGAUGACGAAGACAAGGAGGCAGCGGCAAACACCCAAAUCGCACCCAUGGACGCCGACCUGAACACAUACGGCUUUCCGCCAGGCUACUUCAUCGUCCGCUCAGUGGCAUCGAAUCGCAAUCUCGACGUCGAGCUCGGUCUGAUAGAUGACGGGACGAACGUGAUUCUAUGGCCGCAGACGGAGACGUCAUUGGUGGACUCCAUGCGAGAUCCGAGUUGCGACAACCAGGUCUUCUUCAUCGACACAAGUGACGAAAAGCUGGUGGUGCGCCACCGGAGACCAGUCUUCCAUCCAUUUCCCAACGCAUAUUCACACCCGCUACCCCGCUUUUCCUAUGACCGCCAAACGCAGAACAUCACUGUUACUUUCGCCGCUGAUCCGGCGUAUCCAAGCGAUCCUAGGGCUAUGGCUACGAGUGCGUGGAAAGAGAAGGUCUUCCUCCUGACCUCUAUCCCAGCGCGGAAGCCGCGCACCAUCGCCGACGAUGCGUCGGCGCUGCUCAAUACUGCCCUCGCUACUCCGAUGGCAUUCUUUGGGUCCUUCGGCAAGCCCUCAAGUGCUACUCCUGAGGAUGUCUUCUCCAGCGGAGACAUCGAUCUGAGGGAGGACGAGAUCCUGGAGCAGGAUCGGUCGGAGGAGGGCGAGGUAGACGACUCUCCCGACAAGCUGCGUCGGGUCCGCAUCGUCGCGCUGACCAAAGAGGAGCUGCAUGCCGCAAGCUCAAAGGCGCGCUUCAGACAGCGGUGGAAAGUCAUCCCGCUGCUGGCAUCGAAGAGUCGCACCAGGUCGUGA